UAAACGUUGAAGAAUAAACUAAUGGAAGUAGCCAAUAAAUAAAUAUAAAGAUAUGCAAGUUAAUACUGUCAAUCUCUUGACAUGGCUCCUGCUGGUGGUAGCUCUCGUCUGGAGCUGGCAAUUCGAUGGAGCUGUGGCCAUGCCACAUGUUGAACCGCGCCAUCAAACCUGCGAUAAUGAGCGGCGAUACGAGAAUCAGGUCAUGUGCGAGGGCAAAGCGUUUGGCGCACUGGUGCCAUAUCCGGAUAAUUGUAGGCUUUUUCUCGUCUGCGAUUGUCUGUAUCCCACGGUGAAGCAAUGUCCUGCCGAGCUCUGGUGGGAUAAUUCCACUCAGAUAUGCAAUUAUCCGCAGUCGGUGAAUUGUGUGUACUACACGAUUGAAACACCCGAGCCCACGGAUGGAACUACGAGAAUUACAUCGGGAAUUAUCACUGAAUCAACACCUUUGAGCACGCCAAGUGUCACCAAAGAGACAACAACUUUGAGCACUCCAAAAGUGACGGACGUUCCCUGCAUAACACCCACAACAUCACCUCCUACAUCCAGCUGGGAUCCGCCACCACCGCCGCCUGGCACUCCCGAUGAUUUCUGUAGACCGUAUCCGGAUGGUUCGGUGCAUCGUUAUCCGUACGAUUGCCAGGCGUACAUCAACUGCACCCAUGGCUGGCCUGUGCUCAACUAUUGCAUCCAGGAGAAGGUCUUCAACGAGUGGCUUCUAAUCUGCGAUACUCCCGACACAACCGAAUGCGAGGAGCUGCCGUUGCCCACUGUGCCGACAACUACCACUGUGGCUCCUACUUCCACCACUACAGAAUUGCCUUUAACUUCCACCACAGCAGCAGAAGAUGUAGAAUGCGGACCCACUCCAGAGUUUGUGGCUGAGGAUUACUGCCAGCCUUUGGGUAAUGGGUUCUACGAGUAUCCCUACAAUUGCAGUGCGUAUCUCUCAUGCCGCAAUGGCUGCACGGAUUUGGAUUAUUGCAUUUCGGAUAAGUUGUUCAAUCCAUGGCUGCACAUCUGCGAUACUCCCGAUUCUGUGCACUGCGAUCCGCAGCCAUAUCCAACAGUUCCACCAACUUCCACGACUCCUGCGAGUACGACAACUUCUGUGGAUGUUUCCACGACUGACAGCAUCACUGCCACUACAGAGGCAGUCACUAGCACCACGCAGGGACUGCCCUCCGAUGUGAAUCCGAAUGAUUGUAAUGGUCUUCCCGAUGGCAGUCGAUUGCCAUAUGCCGGCAACUGUUCGCAGUUUAUUCUCUGCAAGGAAAAUAGCGUGGAGAUGGGCCAAUGUCCACCUUCGACGCUCUUUAAUCCGGAUUUCCUAAUCUGCGAUGAGGCUGAUGAUGUCUUGUGCUAUGGCGAUCGCACCACCACACCGAUACCCACCACAACAACCACUGAGGCGACCACACCCACGCCCACCACAACGACAACGAAGGCCACAACACUGGGACCCGCGGAGCUGUGUGCGGGGCAGGAUAUGGGAACAUCCUAUCCGUAUCCCGAGGAUUGCUCACAAUACUAUUUGUGCCUGGGAGGUGCACAAUGGGUACUGGCGCCCUGCAUUUAUGGCAGCUACUUUGAUCCCAAGACAAUGAAUUGUGGCCCCAAUGUCUCUCCGACGGCCUGCCAAGAAGGAGAAGCUACGACAGCAGCGACCACAACCACCGAAAAGAUAACCACACCCACACCCACAACGGAGAAACCCUCGACAACCACAGGGGCAACAACGACAACAACUCAAGCGCCAUCGGGUGGCAUUUGCGGUGACCGAGAUGAGGGUGAAAAUAUCGCCUAUCCAAAGGAUUGCAACAAAUACAUCGUCUGUGUGUCGCCCAUACCCAUUGCCUUCUACUGCCCAGCAGGAUCCUACUUUAGUUCCAAGUUCCAAAACUGCGCCAGCUGGGAAGACAGCGAUUGCGAUCAGGAUGCCAGCACCACAACGGCUAGCCCAGGCAUAACCCAACCACCAUUGGAGCCAACUAUGUGCACAAACAGUAGCCGCGAUACCUUUCCCUAUCCGGACAACUGUCAGUGGUUCAUUCGCUGUGUGGAUGACUACAUCUACAUGAUGGACGUCUGCAACUGCGGGGAGUUCUACGAUCCUAUUAGCGGCAAGUGCGGAGCAGAUGUUCCAUCCGAUGCCUGUCGCUGGGACUAUACAUCCACCACGACAACCACCAGUGAACCGACCACCAGCACAGCGGUAACCAGGCCGCCACCGCAGAAGAACCCUUGCGACAAUGUUGCGGAUGGUGCUUUGGUGCCGUAUCCCAAUGAUUGCUCCAAGUACAUCAAAUGCGAUCGCCCCAUAGCAACGGCUUUCGACUGUGACGAAGGGGAUGAGUUCAGUGUGGAGCUGGGAAAGUGUGUAGACGCUUCUAUAGCCGGUUGUUCAGUUACAACCACUGUCAAUCCUUGGGGAUCGACAACGCCAACGAUACCAUCGACAAAGACAACCACAGGGGAUUCUUCAACAGAUUCUUCGACGGAAUCGUCUACAGACUCUUCGACGGAAUCUUCAACUGCUUCCUCUACUGUCUCUUCCACUGAUGCUUCCACGGAAUCAUCAACAGAUUCUUCCACAGAUUCCUCCACAGCUUCAUCAACCGUUUCAAUCACCACUCCAGAACCAGAUUCUACUGCAACAGCGCCUGGAACAACCACCACAGAUUCACCAACAACACCAAAACCAUCUGGCGGAGUGUGUGAGGGCAAAACGGAUGACUCUCUGGUGCCGUAUCCCAAUAACUGCAGCAAAUAUAUCAUGUGUCACUACCCGAUUCCUGUGGCCUUUGACUGUGGCGACGGUUUGGAGUUUAGUCCAACGGAAUUGCAAUGUAUGGAUCCUGAUUUGGCAAAUUGUAGUCCGAAGGUGACAACUCCUACAAUACCUACAUCUACGACUACGGAAUCUUCAACAACGGAGUCUACUACUACAGAGUCUACAACAACAGAGGAACCUACAACUAGAGAACCUUCGACAACAGUGUCCACAACAACUGAGCCUUCGACAACUGAGUCUACGACCAAGGAACCAUCCACCACGGAGUCUACGACCAAGGAACCGUCAACAACAGAGUCUACAACUAAAGAACCUUCCACAACAGAGUCCACAUCAACUGAGCCUUCGACAACUGAGUCUACGACCAAGGAACCAUCCACAACUGAGUCUACGACCAAGGAACCGUCAACAACAGAGUCUACAACAGCGUCUACAACUAAAGAACCUUCCACAACAGAAUCCACAUCAACUGAGCCUUCGACAACUGAGUCUACGACCAAGGAACCGUCAACAACGGAGUCUACGACCAAGGAACCGUCAACAACAGAGUCUACAACAGUGUCUACAACUAAAGAACCUUCCACAACAGAGUCCACAUCAACUGAGCCUUCGAUAACUGAGUCUACGACCAAGGAACCGUCUACAACGGCGUCUACUACUACGGAGUCUACUACUACAGAGUCUACAACAACCGAGGCAUCAACCACAGAGUCAACCACCAGGGAGCCUUCAACAACAGAGUCUACAACAACCGAGCCUUCAACAACUGAAUCUACCACAAAGGAACCGACUACAACAGCGUCCACUACCCAAGAACCCUCCACUACCGAGUCUACUACACAGGAGCCCUCAUCCACUGCCAAGGAACCAACUACUUUGGACCCCUACACCCCCAAUAUUUGCUGUGGCCUUCCUCUGGGAACUCUGUUGCCAUAUCCGAAUGAUUGCAUGCGUUAUGUGGUUUGUGAUUAUCCCAUUCCUUAUGCAGUCGAUUGCGAUGAGGGAACUUUCUUUAACGAGAACUUGCUUCAAUGUACAGCCAUGCCAACUGAAAGUUGCAUCUACAAAAGAAGAUAAACAAUAUUAGUAAAUUUAAUAAAACA